ACAAAGGAGAGAUAAUCAAAUGUGGGUGUUUGCCUUAAGUGAUGCUCUCUCUCUCUCUCUCUCUUUGUGCGUAUGUAAGAUGGGGGGCCACGAACCCAUAUUUUUUUCUGACAAGUCAGUCGUUUAAUAGUUAAAUGUUAACUUCUCAGUCAACCCGUCACGCACGCGCAUUUCACGCUCGCGGUGAGCCCAGGCUUCAUAAACAAGCCGCUGCCACAUUGUUGUCCAGUGUUUCAACUGAUCCCACAUCAGUGCAGCGGCUGAGAGAAGAUGGCACUGGCCGACGCAGAGCGCGGAGUGAACAGCUGCGGCGACGCGGGCUCCCCGUUUUCCGACAUCAUCGAGCUGAAUGUCGGCGGACAGGUUUACGUUACCAGGCACAAAACUCUGAUCGCCGUCCCAGACUCGCUCCUGUGGAUGAUGUUCAGCAAGAAGUCACCCAAGGAGUUGGCGAGAGACAGCAAAGGGCGCUUCUUCUUGGACAGGGACGGGUUCUUGUUCCGCUACAUCCUAGAUUAUCUCCGAGACCUGAACCUGGUCCUCCCGGACUACUUCCCCGAGAAAAGUCGGCUGCAGAGGGAGGCUGACUUUUUCCAGCUGCGGGACCUUGCCAAACGCCUCAGCCCCCGGGUGAGUAAGGAUAAUUCAAUCAGCGAGGAGAUCAGCCAGAGUGACACAGAGGAAGGGGCCCAGCAGUGCGGCUCCUCUGGCGGCAUGGAGACUUUACGCACCAUGUCGGUCAGCGGGGCCAUGCGCUCCCCAUCACUGGACUCCAGGAAGUCGGGCUAUAUCACGAUAGGAUACCGCGGCUCGUACACCAUCGGAAGAGACAUCCAAACCGAUGCCAAAUUCAGGAGAGUGGCGCGCAUCACGGUUUGCGGGAAGACCUCCCUGGCCAAAGAAGUGUUCGGCGACACGCUGAAUGAGAGCCGAGACCCGGACAGGCCCCCGGAGAGAUACACAUCCCGGUACUACCUGAAGUACAAUUUUCUAGAGCAGGCAUUUGACAAGCUGACAGAGGUGGGCUUCCACAUGGUGGCCUGCAGCUCCACAGGCACCUGCGCCUACACCAGCAAUGAUCCAAACGAGGACAAAAUCUGGACAAGCUACACUGAAUAUGUCUUCUGUCGGGAAUAACAUAUAGUAUUCAUGUCAAGUUGGUGUACAUGGACAUUUCAUAAUCUAGAAGGGAAUGUCUUUAAAAGUGUUGCAUUUGCUGUGUCGAAUGCCAAUGUUUACCAACUGCAAAAUACUGCCCCAAUAUUCUAAAAAUGUGUCUCUGAGCUUAAUCGGGGACACGAAAUGGCCCCAAAAUAGAUUCCACACAAAGGUUUUUGACACUAGUCAAGAGAAGACUAUCCAAUUUGGAUGGUCAAAGUGAGCAGGGCGGUUGACACACUAACCCAAAGCACUCUUGCGCGGAAAAGCGCCGACAAAAAGCCAUCAUCUCCAUUUCAUAGAACUGCAUGACAAUGUUUCAGUCAUAUGUGACUCAGUGCUGUGUGAAUUGAGCGGGAUCCAAGAGCAGACAAGCAGCAAUUAGUAUUCAGUGUCAUUGUAACUUCUAGGCUUGCUUGAUCACAUGUUUGGCCAAGUUGUGUAUUAUCUAUUAGCCUCUUAUAGCAGUUCUAUCACUGACAUGAUUGUAAGUGUAUGUGCUUGCCUGGUAGAGUUGUAUUUGUUAACCCUGUUC